AUGAAAUCAUGGCAAGCUCGUGUUGAUGUGCUCCAGGAUAAUUUUGAAGAUGAUAUUCGAAGUGAAUUCCAAAACAAUCCGAAGCCAUCAAAUAUACUGAACAAACUUCCAGACAACAUUAGGACAUCUGCUUUAUUCCCAAACACUUCGAAUGUUGUUGAAAGUAGAACAGAAACUCCAUCUGCGCCUCCUGAAGAAUUAAUAUUGGAUAACUCAUUCAAUUCAAACUCACAAUCAACUACUUCAAGACAACAUGCACUUCGAACUUAUCAAAGUUCACAUCAUAUUUCUGAAAACGAUCCUCCUCCAUCAUACGCAGAAAUUGCUCAUAAACUAAAGAAAUAA